UAUAGACGUUCAGUGAGCGGACACAACGAGUGGUUGAAGAACGACUUGGACAGAAUCAGGCUACUUAUCAACACUGUGCCACGACACCAAACAGUGCUUUAGUACAUCUGGAACAAAAAAAUGGAACGGAGCACCUUCAAAAGACACAGAGUGUUAUCUACGGAGGCUGACAACUCCAAGAGUACUCCUACGGCUACCAGCCAAUUAAGAUUAGAGCGCAAUUUCCAGGAGUCCAGUCCAAGCCAAGGAGAUGGAACACUGGUUAAAUCGGACGACAAAACGUUGCUACGCAUUCCACUUAAGGAGAGAAUUCCAAAUGUCGAACAUGAGGAGGAUAAUGGUAAUCUUUACUAUGCUUACACUGAAAAGAAAAAUGGAAAGCCCGUUUUGCAAUAUUUGUCCGGCAAUCCAGAAGAAGAAGAAAAUAAAAAAAAAAAUAAUUCAGAAGGGCAAGGAAAUAAAAAAAAAGAAAAUUCAGAAAAAAAGCAAAAAAGAAAUUUUUUUAAAGGGGUCUACAACUACAACUGCGAUGUUCUAGUGGCCAUCGUAAAGACAUUGCUGGUCUACACCGAAGAUCAGAAGAAAGAAAUUGAACGGGAGUGUCGAAUAUUGAAAGAACUAGAAGCCCACGAAAAUUUUAUCCGCUAUUUCACUCAUAGACAAGAUGAGAACUAUAUGUACCUUGCAGUAGAACUGUGUCUGUGUUCUGUGGCAGAUCUUUUGGAUCGAGAGCUCAAUAAUCAAUUCUGCAUGGAUGAAGAAAUUCUCUCGGAUUUACCAAAGAAAGAAAUCCUACGACAGGCAACGAGAGGACUCAAUUACUUGCAUGAAAACAACUUUGUCCACCGAAACAUCAAGCCAAACAACUUCCUUAUUAAGGAAGUUGAUCCGUCCGCGAAAAGCUUAUGCCGAUAUGUAGUUAAAAUAACUGAUUUUCGUCUAACCAGAAAGCACGACCUUGAGAACACUGGAAAGCUAUCGGGAUCUGCUGCAUCAGAAGGAUGGGAAGCACCGGAAAGUACAGAUGUGACAAAAGAUCUCAGCACAACAUUGGAUGUCUUCAUCCUAGGUUGUUUCUAUCACUAUGUCCUAACCGCAGGUACGGGUGAUGGAAAACCCAAACAUCCAUUCGGCGACACUUCCAGUCUGCGUAUACGAAACCUUCACAAUAAAGAUUAUUCAGUCUAUAACAAAGGCCUUGACUUCGUUCUCAGUGAUGGGAACGAGGACGUGGUAAGGCUUAUGGAAUUGAUGUUGAAGUUCAACGAAAGCGAACGUCCAACAUUACAAGCAGUCCUUUGCAGCCUUUAUUUCAGCCCUGUCAAAGAUUAUGAUAUAUAUAAUAAGAGAAAUGAGAUGAAACCUGGCCAUUGCGUUAUCUUUAACCAGCAAUUUUUUAAAAAUAAAGAACAGAACCGCGCAGGUAGCGACAAGGAUCGAGAAAAGUUAAAGCUUAUGUUUCACGGAUCGGGUAUCGACACUGAAGUUUAUGAAAAUCUUGAAUCGUUUGAUUUGAUAUCCAAAAUCAAAAAUCUGGCCAAAAGAGAUUGGAAGGAUUAUGGAUGCUUUAUUGUGUGCCUUUUGUCUCAUGGAGUCGAGAACGCAAUUCAGUGUUACGACGGUCGAUACGUUAAUUAUACUGAACUCAAGAACGAGUUCUCUUUAUAUAAUUGCCCCAGUCUGUACGGCAAACCCAAAAUUUUCAUUGUCCAGGCUUGUCAGGUGCCAUUGAGUAAAAACGGCGACAUUUUUCCCCACAUGUGGGAUACCAUUUCCUUUGCUCUCGGUAAAUGGCAAUCACCUACCGAAGUCAAAUGGCCAAAAUUGGAAAUUAAUCCCAACUAUGAAAGCAAAAUAAGGCAAGACGCUAUGAAGUAUCCUCCACUAAUGGAUUUCAUAACAAUCAAAGCAGCUAUGGCCGGCUUCGAAGCCUUCAGGAACAAGGAUCUAGGUACUUUUUUCAUCAACGCUCUCUGUGAUACUUUGUCCGAAGAAAUGAAGAAAGAUAAUCCCCAUCAUCUGGAAUACUUACUUAAAAUGAGUGUUCAGGAUAAAAUCAAUGCAUUUUCAAGGGCAGAGAUGGCGAAUGUCAUGCACCAAUUUGAGUGCAAGAACCAAGGUGAGGGCCAGCAACAAGGUGUGUGUCAGUGCUUCUGGCAAACCAUGCAAUGGGAAACAUGCCUGAGCAAAAACAUUACAUUUCGCAACUGUGCAGUCAAAGGCAAAGACGUUACACCUAAGCCAGAUUCAAAGAAAGGAUGAUUACCAUUUCAUCGUAAAACCCUAGCGUUUGUUAUAGUUGGAGGUUCAGUUUGAAUUUGGUACGUGAUUCCCAGUAGUAAAACAAUAGGAGAUCCAAGUUGCUGUUGAUAAAUCCUGUCUGUUGAAAAUGUUCUGUGAUUUAUAAAUUGUCAUCUGUAACAUCUCUAGCCAAUACAUUGGAUAUCUUCAGCCAAAGA